AUGUGGAAUUACGUUAGUUCUUCAAUCUUAUUCCUCCUCCGGGCGGUAUCAAAUUGUUUUCCCUCUGCACUGACUCACCAGAUCCUGAGAAUACUGCCCUAUCUUUUUCUUGGAUGCGUUUGUUAUGGAUUUGACGCCAUAUUUUCAAAAAUACAAGGAGAGUACGCUCCUUACAUUGGAGCUGUUGCUGACAAUGCCGCCCAUGGGAUCAUUGCUUUCUUCAGUUGGUGUAUCGUUUGCGAGAUCCACACCCGAAAACAUCUGAUUGAUGGGGUUCUUUGCGGUAUCAUUGCUUGUGCAAUUGAUUUAGAUCAUUUUAUUGCUGCUAAAUCUUUCAAACUUAAGGUAAGAGACACAAAUCAGCGAGCGGUUCUGUACCCUUGACUGAACAUGAAGAGGGGUGUUAGAGUUUGAGAUAAUCACAUUUUAUGCAUGGAACACUGAGUAAUUUUUUUGUAUUAUAUUUUAUCAUGCCAAUAACAACUUGGUCUUUCAAUUUUUUCCCUUUAUUUUGAAAAACCAUGCGGUGAAAUUGCCCAUUCUGAUUGGCUAACUUUAAUGGUGAUGAACUUCCAAUGAAGAGCCAAGAAAAUCUCCUUACAGGGCGCACCAGAUAAAUACCCGGGAAUUGGAAAAGUGAACCAGAAAACAAAACUAUCCUUGAUCAGAAUACCUCACAAAAAUGGAUCUUUGAUUGAGGUACAAUUGAUUGAAUUUUCCCAAAAUACCUGUAUCCAUGCCAUAUGCCAAACUCAACAGAAAACCUGGAGUUUCACUCUGCAUUCAGGAGAAUCCAGAAUAAUAAGGGACUUUUUACAAAGCUCUUCAGUUGAUUUGCUGGCAACGAGUUAGUGCCCCAAUACCUUCCUUAAGGGGGUAUUGGGACACUCAUGCACUACUUUAUUUGGUGCAAGAAUUUCCUCUGUUUGAAUUUGUUGAAUGUCGAAUUUAAUAACGUUAGAUCUGCCCCACAGGGGAUUCCCUGUGGGGUGCCUCAAGGUUCUAUUCUUGGUCCCUUAUUUUUUAUCCUGUAUGUUAAUGAUUUGAACAAUGCUUCCCUGCUUGAUGCAAUCUUGUUUGCUGAUGAUACAAACUUAUUUAUCUCCCAUAAUGACCCUGUUUACCUAAUUAACACAUUAAAUAGAGAAUUAAACAAAUUGUCAACCUGGUUUGCAGCAAACCGGCUCUCCUUGAAUUUAGCCAAGACUAAUUUUAUGGUAUUCAAGCCUUGGCAAAAGAAGCAAUCCUUUGAAUUUCAAGUUUUCAUAAAUGAGCAGCCUAUUCUUCGUGUUUCUGAGACCAUGUUUUUGGGUGUUUUAUUAGAUGACAAUUUGACCUGGAAAUCAUAUAUAUCCUUAACAGCAAAUAAAUUAUCCAAAUCUAUAGGUAUUAUUCAUAAAUCUAGGUUUUUUCUCUCUACUCACUCCCCUUCGUACUUUUAUACAAUUCUAUGAUCCUUCCAUAUUUGUAUUAUUGCAAUUUAGCUUGGGCUGGUACCUAUAAGUCAAACCUUCAAAGAAUUGUAACCUUACAGAAACGUGCGUUAAGAAUAGUAAGCAAUUCUACAUACAUUGCCCAUACUGGCCCUAUUUUAAAGGAACUUAAACUCUUAAAAUUUCAUGAUAUCCAUUCGUUUCAAUUAGGUACUUUUAUGUUUUCAUUCGAGAACUCUACACUCCCUUCCAAAUUCAAUAACUUUUUUUUACUGAACAGUCAAAUCCACAAUUAUAAUACUAGGAAUGCUCAGUCCUUCCGUUUGCCACUGUGCAGAACGAACACCAGGAAGUUUUCAAUUUACUUUCAAGGUUCAAACUUUUAUAAUUCGUUAAAUUCUGACAUAACUAGUUCUCCCUCCUCCGCCUCUUUUAAAAGAAAGCUUAAGGAAUUUCUUCUCUCUAAGUAUUAGCUUCUGUAAGGCAGUAAUUCUUAACUAACUUAGUUAAUAUGUGUGUGCGUGUGUGUGUGUGUACGUGUGCGCGGUCAAAGUUAAUUACCAUAAGUCCAUAUUGUAAUUCUAAUAUAAGAUUAUUUAUUUUAAGUGAGAAAGCCUGACUUGUUAUAAGCCUCGUGGUUUCUUUCAGGUUUUCUCGCCAUUUAUUUUCUGUCAUCAAUAUUCUUCAUUUUUUUUUUCCAUGUGUAAAUGUCGUAUAUGGCAAAUAAAUAUUGUAUUGUAUUGUAUUGUGUUUAAAGCAAGUAUGAAGGGAACAGGAGAGUAAACUUUAUUUAGAAGGAUAAUUAAUUUCAAAGGUACUUUAAACUAAAGAAAAAUGAGUGAUUGUAGGAUUGAAUUUGUCUUGCGCUCUGUAUUUGGCAUAAAUGCUAGAGGAUUCCACUGAAUACGAUUUAUAUUACUUAUCACUUAUCCAUGUUAAAUUGUACAGGAUGCCCUUCAACUUAAAAACAGACCAUUUCUUCAUACUACAACAGUUGUCUUCAUUGUGGUGCCAAUGUUACAGGUGUGGCUUGCACAGAACAAUUGCUUUCUUCGAUCCCUACCAUACUUGUUUACAGUUGGGGUUAGUUCACACCACCUGCGAGAUGGGAACAGGUGUGGCUUAUGGUUUUGGCCCCUUGGGAGUACACCACCUCUGCCAUACUGGAUAUACAUAUGUUGUAUUGUUGCCCUACCUUUUAUUGUCAAAGAAACAAAAGCUAACAUUGACAAGCUGGUUGUUAUUCCUCUAGCUGAAAACAAUGUAGUCCUUCUGGAUGUAUGA